AUGGAAAACUUUCCUGUGUCGGUGAAACUGGCUGAAUGUGAAAAAUGUCUUUGUAAGGAAACAUCUGGUGAAACUGUCCGUAAAAAACGUAAAAUAUGUCGGAACUUAGAAACUGUCACUGAUAAGAAGAAAGCUUGUGACAUCUGUGGUGAAAGUUACAACCAAAAGAAUGAUUUGUUGGUCCACAAGAAAACUCACAGACGUAAGAAGCCGUAUUCUUGUGAAAGUUGUCAGAAAAGUUUCAGUAGACAGAGUGAGUUGUUGGUCCACAUGAGAAGUCACACAGGUGAGAAGCCGUACUCUUGUGAAACAUGUGGGAAAAGUUUCUCCCAAAAAAGUGUUGUAAUUCGCCACAAUAAGAUUCACACAGGUGAGAGGCCGUAUCCUUGUGAAACAUGUGGGAAAAAUUUCAGUCGACAGAGUGAUUUGUUGGUCCACAUGAGAUGCCACACUGGUGAGGAGCGGCAUUACUGCGAGACAUGUGGGAAAAGUUUCAGUCAACGGAAAUCUUUGUUAUUCCACAUGAGAUAUCACACAAGUGAGAAACCAUAUUCUUGUGAAGUAUGUGGAAAAGGUUUCUGUCAACGUAGUCAUUUGUCAGACCACAUGAGAACUCACACAGGUGAGAAGCCAUAUUCUUGUGGAAUAUGUUGGAAAAGCUUCAGUGUACAGAGUAAUUUGUCAGUGCACAUGAGAACUCACACAGGUGAGAAGCCGUAUUCUUGUGAAACAUGUCUGAAGAGUUUCAUUAAACAAAGCCAAUUGUUGGUCCACAUGAGAAGUCACACAGGUGAGAAGCCGUACUCUUGUGAAACAUGUGGGAAAUGUUUCAGUCAGCAGGGUCAUUUGAUGAUGCACAUGAGAACUCACACUGGUGAGAAGCCGUAUUCUUGUGAAGCAUGUGGGAAAUGUUUCAGUGACGGGUAUGUUUUUAGAAAACACAUGAGAACUCACACAGGUGAGAGGCCAUAUUCCUGUGAAUCAUGUGGAAAAAGUUUCAGUCAGCGGACUCAUUUGUUGCGCCACAUGAGAAUUCACACUGGUGAGAAGCUGUAUUCUUGUGAAAGUUGUGAGAAGCCGUAUUCUUGGUAA